GUCCUUCCUUCAGAAACACGAGAAGAGUCGCUUUCAGAGGAGCAAGUACCAACAUGCCCGGAUUAUGGGACUUCCAAGUUGACUGUAGCAAUAAAUAAAAGUCGGAAAUUGAUCUUUAACCACAGAGGUGUCCGCCGGCACUGUAGUGACGAUGUGUUAUAAAACUGAACCGGUUUCUUGAUACAAUUACUUUCAACGGAAACAUUUAGUGUAACUAAACGGCACAAAUGCAGCCUUAUAUUCUGUAGGCGCACAUCGGUUAUGCGCGUUUGCGUAAAAUCUUUGUAAACGCUACGCGAAAACAGCAUUGGACGCUUCGCCUUUCGUCAUUUCAUACGUUGUUUUUGUACAUUUUUACACUUCACUCACGAUGAGCCAGUGUAAAAUCAUGAAGGAUGGUUAUUUAGAAAAGAGGAGCAACGGACUUCUACAGCUGUGGAAGAAGAAGCGCUGCGUUUUGACCGAGGACGGGAUCUGUCUUUAUGACUGUAAAGGCGAGAACGGUAAAGAGAUGCGCUUCGAACAGAUGACCACACUGGAUUGCGUGGAGUAUACGCGGGGUCUGGUAUACUUCACCAUCGUGAUGAGCGACGGGAAAGAGAUUGACUUCAGAUGCCAGCAGGAGGGAACGGCGUGGAACGCGGAGAUUGCGCUCGCGCUGGUGCGCUUCAAAAACCGCGUCGCCGUCCAGACCGGCAGGAACAGACAUAUGUCACAUCUGGGCAGCUGCGGGGAGGGAGAUGUCGAGCUUUGAGGCUCAGACCCAGACUGGACGAAAGAAGGACAAAAAAAACGAAGGCACCAAAUGGAAACCCUAUGUUAAGAAAUCACCUGAUGAAAGGUUUAUACUAAACUAAGCACGGUAGUCCACGGAGAAAACUUGUUUCCUUUCUUUUGUACUUUCACCAUUUUUAAAGUGAUACACACACCUUUUCGCGUGUAUACAGACAAAGUGGAUCGAAUUGUAGCCGUUGAUGUUAAUCACCGUGGAUAAGCUUUUGUACACAGUGGAGUGGCUUUACACGCACUUUUGUUGCUGAGGCCAAUGGCAGUAUUGAGAAACCCAUUGGAUUGCUCAUCGCCAUAAUUCAACACGCUAAUUUCACAAUGCCUGAGUGUGUCAUGCGUGGAUAUUGGUGAAGACUUUUCCUAUUUUCAAGAGACUUGAAAAUACUAAAUGUACCAAAUGGAGGACACUGUUUUGGACUUACACAGUAUUAUAAAGCAUGAUGCUGCUUUAAGAGACAUUAACCAUAGAUGAAGUAUGACUCACGGCCGCUGCGCUGAACUGUUUAACAUUUCAUAAGGACAAUCUGGAAUCAUUCAGUUCUUCGAGGUUUUUAACACAGCAGGAAGACCAGACCGCCGUUUUCUGGAAUGUAUCCCAUGGAUGGAUGGAAAACUGUGCGAUGCUGUUUUUACUUUAAACACAGUUUCUUUAUAUUCACUAUAGCUUUUGUAACCCAAGCAGCUGCCAAAGUUAUAAAAUGACCUCCUGUUUUCUUUAUAGGAAAUGAGUGUUUUUGAAUAGUACACAAAACACAUGAUGUCAUAAGGUACACUUUGUUCAAACGGAUGCUUGGCCAAAUAAGGCCCAUUAGUGUGAUUUUCUCCUAAUGAAAUUGCGAACGCCCAAGGCAACAGCGGGAUAUUUGAAGUUCGGCUAGUAAGAAGCCCAGGACAAUAGCGUCUGCUUUAAUUUCACGUGUUAAGUGCAGCAGUUAUAUCCUCUCGUAGCCGACUCUUAAACUCAAGUGCUUGUGCGGCACAUGCCCGGACAAUGGCUUCACUGACUAAUACUGUCCCGCCUGUUCUGUUUGAGAAAAGUUGUCAAACAGGGCUAUUUUACCGACUCAGUAGGUUUUGUUAUUGUGCGGUAAGUCUUACAUCUUAGCAUGCUCCUCGCAUACAGGUGUGAAAUGGACGGUACACUCCUAAAAAACGGUUUUAAAGGGUUCUGCACAGCGAUGCCAUAGGAGAAACAUUUUGGGUUCUCAAAUGAACCUUUAAUGUUUCCUUUUUAUUCUUUUUUAGUUUGUAGAUCCUUUUGUGCAAUAAUAGCUUCAUUGGAUGUUAAAGGUUUUUUAUAGAACCAUACAGCCGAAUAAAGAUCUUUAUUUUUUAAGCAUGUAAUCUGAAACAUAUUGCAACCAGUUUGUUUUCACACUACCAAAGUGCCGAAAUUCUUAAAAAUAAGGUGCUUAAAAGGCUAUGCCAUAGAAGAACCAUUUUGUUUUUGGUUCUUCCAAGAACCAUUUCUUUCUUAAGCCGCCUUUCCACUGUACACGUCAAACGAUGGCUGAUCAACGGGAAGUCAUUAAUUCUCUUUAUUACACGGCUCUCUGGAAUGCUUGAUUCUGAUUGGUCAGUUGAGACAUUUGCAGGUUCGUUCUUUUCAAAUAAUAACCGCUCCAAAGUAAUAACGCAUAGCCGGUACUACUUGUAUGUUUAAAAUCCCUCCGCGCCAACAAAGAUUACCGUUUGGCGCCAUCUUGUGACAAACACUGGACAACCACAAUUAACAAUGGAAAAUUUCGACAUUAACAUGUACGGUAAAAUCAAAACGUUUGAACAGUGGAUAGAUUUGGACGAUUCAAAUGGCUCCCCAAUUAAGACGAAAAAACGAAAAUUGAACUACGAAGAACAAACAACGACAAGACACAGAGAGCUUACUGAGACUGAACUUGACAAAAUAGAGCAUGACAGCUACGAAGUCAACAAACAAAAAAAUACAGAAUGGGCAAUAAAAGUUCUCAAAGACUGGCUAA